GGUCGUUCCCGCAGACCGUUGGGCGCCCGGCCGAACGUCCUCCCUCAGGCCCUCCCACACCCUAGGAACCGCUCUGGCGGCGGCGACCCAUGUGGGGAUUCGGGCUCCUGCGGUCGCCGCCGCUGCUUCUCCUGCUACCGCAGCUCGGAAUCGGAGUCGCAGCGUUCAGCUCUCAGGCCGGAACCAUGAACCUGGGUGGCAGCAGCAGCCGCAGCGGCGCGCUUGGCUCCCCGUCAGCCGAGCGGCGCAGGCAGCAGUGCGUGCAGCUGUCCGCGGUGCCGGGAGCCGACCCGCAGCGAGGCAACGAGUUGGUCCUGCUGGCGGCGGCGGCGGCGGCCGCCGGGGAGGGACCGGAACGGCGGGACCUCCCUGGGGACCUGGCGAAGGAGGAGCCGCAACCACCGCCCCAGCAUCACGUACUCUAUUUCCCCGGGGAUGUGCAGAAUUACCAUGAAAUUAUGACUCGUCAUCCUGAGAAUUAUCAGUGGGAAAACUGGAGUCUAGAAAAUGUUGCCACCAUUUUAGCCCACCGGUUCCCCAAUAGUUAUAUUUGGGUGAUAAAGUGUUCCCGAAUGCAUUUGCACAAAUUCAGCUGCUAUGACAAUUUUGUGAAAAGCAAUAUGUUUGGUGCUCCAGAACACAAUACUGACUUUGGAGCUUUUAAGCACCUUUAUAUGUUAUUAGUUAAUGCUUUUAACUUAAGUCAGAAGAGUUUGCUACCAAAGAAGAAUGUGAAAGAUUUGAAUAAGGACACCAAAGCAUCUAAUUGUAGAUCCAGUUCUUCUCAUACUACUAACGGUUGCCGGGGAGAAAAAGAGAGGACCUGUGAAAAAUUUGAUGAGUCUGCCAUGCGUUUUUAUCCACCAUCACUAAAUGGUGCUUCUUUUACUUUGAUUGGAUUCAGUAAAGGUUGUGUUGUUUUGAAUCAGUUGGUUUUUGAAUUGAAAGAAGCCAAGAAAGACAAGAACAUUGAUGCUUUUAUCAAAAGCAUAAAAACAAUGUACUGGCUGGAUGGUGGUCAUUCUGGGGGAAGCAAUACUUGGAUUACUUAUCCAGAAGUCUUGAAAGAAUUUGCACAAACAGGGAUUAUUGUUCACACCCAUGUAACACCUUACCAAGUACAUGAUCCAAUGAGAUCUUGGAUUGGAAAGGAGCACAAGAAAUUUGUUCAGAUACUUGGAGAUUUUGGUAUGCAGGUGACUAGCCAAAUUCAUUUUGCAAACGAAGCUCCUUCCAUAGAGAAUCACUUCAGGGUUCAUGAAGUAUUUUGAGACUGCAGUAUUAUUAAUGCAGAAGAGCAGAAGCACUUUGUGCUAUACAUUCAGAUAAUGAGACGUAAUUCAUAGAUGCAUUGUCAGGUUUUUUUUGGUGGGGGGUGGGGGGGAAGGAAGCACACAUUCCUAAACUAUGAGUGUAAUGUGCAGUAGUGUUCCUUGCUUGUGGAUGUGGAUAGUUUUUAAUUGGGACUGGGUUAGAAUUAGUUUAUUUGAAAUCCCAAAGGUGGUUUGUGAUAAUCCUACAGGGAGAUGCAAGACCCUUAAGAAUGAAAGUUAUAGUCCUUAUAAAAGGCAAUUAAGAUUGUUAUUGUUGGAAAUAGUUUAUUUUCUGAGUAAUGUUUAAAACCAAUUUUGGUGAGAUACUUUAAGGGUAAUUAGGUAUUUUGGCACUGAAAACUUUUGAGUGGAAACACUGUUUCUCUUCAGACAAAGCGAAGGCACACUGAUGUUUUCCAUCAACUUGCAAUAAUACCCUGCCUCUUAUGUUUAUAAACUUAUGGUGUCAUUCUUCAGUGUGCCAUCAAGUGUUUUUUCUUAAGAGUCAAAAUGUAUUUGUUUCCACAUAUCUAAGAAUGUGCAGUAGUGUAAAGUUAGUUUUUAAAAAUACUAUACUUAAGCACUGUGGCUUAAUUUUUAAUUGACAACUUUUGGAUAAGACAUUUUGGAGUUUCUUGCAUUUUGGCAAAAAACCAGUUCUUUUGGAAAAUUGUUUCAGAUUGAACAUAAUUAUGUAUACUGGGUAAAAAUAUACUACAGAUUUUAAAUUGUUUCAUCCUAUCAUCUUUUGAAAGAGAGCAACUUAGGUAAAAUAUAAUACUCUAUUUGGUAGUGCCCUAUUGAAAAGGAGACAGAUUUUAUAGAACUAAGUCACUAUUUCUCCUGAAGCAUGAUUUUGUCUGCCCAAAGAAAGCAUCUCCCCUUGGCCAAAAUGUAAAAUUAUAUUGCUAUAUGAAAAGUUGAAAGAGAAAGUUUGAAGACACAAAUGACUUAAUUUUGGCUCAGAGACUGAAUUUGCUUAACACUCUGCUCCAUGAUUUGGGUGAGGUUUCCUUUUGCCCAUUUUUCUUGACCUAGAUAAAUACAUUUUGAGAAACCAAGAUCUAAUGAAUGUCAACUAACAUUGAAAGAUUACAAUAAAAGGUUAGUGGUCUUUUUAAAAAUUGUUUAUUAGUAAUUAGCUUUUGCAGGUCAUGAAAUAAUUAAGCAGGGAAGUAACAUGCUGCUUUCAGACUGAAAAAAAAAAAACAGACUGAAGCUUAAUAUCAAUAACCCAGAGGGUCUAAAUAUAUAAAACAAUAGUUAAAAUGUUAAUUGCUUGGUUUCGUCCCAGAAUUAUAUUUUAAUGACUCUAUAAAUAUAUUCCAAAUAUUCAGAGACUUAUAAGAAAGGAUUUUUACUUACCAGAUGCUUAGAUUCUAUGAACUUCAGAAUAGUAUUUUUCAAUGUUUUUUUUUUUUUAAGGAUGAAGUACAGUAGUUUUAUAUUGCUUUGGUUUCUUUUAAAUAUCUGCUCUUUCUUUUGAGACCCAAAAUUCCCAACAAGGAAACAAGUCAGCCUGAUUCUAACAUUUGACUUAUUACCUUGUCUUAAAGUACCAUUAUUGAUUGGAAGGCUUCUUUCAAUACGUUUAAUAAUCCUUGGUUAAAUUUAUGUGUAUCUAAUGUAACAUAGCUAAGUUACUGAGUACUUUAAUGAGGGAAGGAAAGGCAUUUAUUUCUACAGGAUUAACUAAAAUGGAAAACGUAUGACUUUUAGCAGAAAGAUUCAUUUAAAAAUCUGAGAUGUUUAAAAUAUGGUCCUUGUAGCUAUCCAGUCAUGUAAAUGCUUAAUUGUAAUUAUUAUAUGUUGAAUGGAUAUUAAGAAUAACUCUCUGGGACACCUGGAAUUGCCAUUGCAUCAAAAUGAGACAGUGUUGAAAACUAAAAAUAUUUUCUUUAAUGAAAAUAUAUUCAAGUUGAUCCAUAUUCAAAUAUUUGUUUAAUACUUAAAAUUUGUUCUUUCUCCACAUUUGUUUAAAACUAUUAUAAAUGUUAGUGUAUCCUUUGGAUUGUGCCUUUGUGUUUGUGUCAUGAAAGAGUCAACUGAGAAAAGUAGUCAACCACAGCAUGAAUGUACAGUUGUAUUAAAUUUAAUCCACAGAAGUCUGUUUGGAUGUGCUGUUUGUUACUAUAUUUGUUAACACUUUAGAUCGUUGUUUGGAAGGAAGCAAUUUCUCUCCACUCUGCCAGUUUGGGUUUGUGUGUGUUUUCAUUAACCUCCAUGUUUUUUCAUACAGGCAACUUUGAACCUUUCCUAUAAAAAUACAUCUCUUCUUUCCUUUAAAUUGCUCCACAGAAAAUAGCAUCAUUUCCUUCUGUUGGAUUUCCUAGACAACAAAAUCUCUCAAAAAUAAGUAAGUUCUUCCUUUUCUACACUAAUCACCUGUAUUCCUUUAGCUGUCGUCAAGAGACUUGGUUAGAAUAUGGUGUGAUCUGUUUUUCAUUUCAUUCAUGCAAUAUGUAAGCCCCACCAAGGGCAAAGAAGGUCUAGGCACUGAGGAUACAGUACAGACAAAACAGUUCCAGCAUGUGAGGAUGGAAAUGUGUAAUAGACUAAGGCUUAAGAGGAAAAAUAUGAAACAAAAGGUAUUAUUCUUAAAAGAGCUAUUCUGUUACACUUCAUUUAAGGGCUUUUAAGAGAAACAUGCUUUAGAGGAUAAGAUAUUCAUGUAGAUAGACAUCUGUGAAUUCAGGUUGCUCUUUACAAAGGCAGAGAGGCCAAGCAGCUCUUAAUCGUAGAGACAGGCAGAGUCACUUAGGAUGGUCAUUUUAGUAUCCUAUUUAAUGGAACUUGAAAAAAUACAAUAUAACUUAGGUGUAUUUAAGACACCCAAACACCCAUGGCCUGUAUGCUUGAAAAAAGACUGUAAGGUAACACCAGAGAAAUGUGGGUGACUACCAAUCUAUGUUAGUUCCUCCUGACUAUAUCUGUUUUUUAGCACUGGGGGAAGGAGUCACAGCAGCACAGUUCCAACUCCAUCCAGAAGUGCAUUCCUGCUUCCUGCAUUUUUGGGGCAGGGGGUCAACUUCUUAGAUUAAGCUUUGAUGUCUGUUGACAACAUUAGAUGGGUAAGAAAAGCCUCAUUACUAAGGUUCUUUCCAAAUGUUCACAUAGCUGCUGUUCAAAAGGAUAGAAAGGAAAUAAGCCAUGUUGACCUUGUUUCCCUUGUUUUGAUAUCGAAGUGACAAGUUUGAAAUUACUGAAUAAAUAGAAUUCAGAUGUAAUUAUGUACCAAGACAAAUACUGUUAAUGUUUGUGAGAAGAAAAUAAUUACAAUCUUCACGUGUAUUUUUAUAAUUUAUUUUAAAAGAAUAAUAUAUACCAGGGCAAAAAAAAAAAAAAAAACAGAUAAUAACUGCAAAUUCCAGUCUGCCCAUCUACUUGUCUAACCUCAGAGGCAGUCACUAUCACUGGUUUCUCAUGUAUCCUUGCAGAGAUAAUUCUAUGCAUAUACAAAUAAAUGUUUA